ACAAAAAACAAAAACAAACUCAAAACAAAAUUCUACAAUAAAUUUCGAUCAAUAUCUUCUCCGUAGGGUUCCUCUCUCUCUUUCUCCCUCUCUCUCCCUCUCUCUCUCUCUUCCGUUUCUCUCUGAUCCAAAUCGAAGCCAUUUUUUGUUCUUUUGUACUCGAUUCUCAGCGUAGAUCUUUGCGUUUCUUCUUCUCCUUCUCCCAAUUUGGCUUCUUUUUACGGUUUAGCUGAAACACUCUGAGGAGAAGGAGGGAAACAACGAAUAGUGUUUCAAGAUUCCACCUUUUUGCGCAUUUGAUGCUGUUUUCUCGUUGAAGCUUCAAUCUUUUGCAAUUUACCCUGGUUUUUCAUGGUGCAUAUGGAUGUUUUUGGAGCUGGGGGUGAUCUUGGAGCAGCUCCUAGCACACAGGAUCUUAGGCAAUUAGGGGGUGCUUCCUCAGAAGGAGCAGUUUUUGAUGCAUCACAAUAUGCGUUCUUUGGUAAAGAUGCUGUCCAGGAAGUUGAAUUGGGAGGGUUAGAAGAUGAUGAUUAUUUGCCUCGAGUUGAAUCUAAAGAGGAUUUCUUUUUCAAUAGAGAUGAGGCUGAGGAUGUAAGAUCGCUUUCCGACAUUGAUGAUCUCACCACUACUUUUAUGAAGUUGAACAAGAAUGUGAGUGGACCAAGAAGUCCAGGAGUUAUUGGCGAUCGAGGAUCACGAGAAAAUUCGACUUCUGAAUGGCCACAAAGGGAUGAUAUGAACUGGCCUGACCACAUGAAUGCUUAUGAUAGUGAAGGUUCUCUGGAUGGCAAAAGAUGGUCAUCGCAUCCCCAUUCUUCUCUCGCCCAUUUAAAUGAACCUAAGCCCUUGUACAGAACGUCUUCCUAUCCUGAUCAGCAAAGGCAGCCACAACAAUACCAACUCCAGCAUCGCUCUAGUGAACCCGUUGCUAACUGGCUUGAUCAACUUUUUUAUGAAACUGAAACAUCUCAGGAUGGCAAAAGAUGGUCAUCACAGCCACAUUCCUCCUUCCCUCAGCUACAAGAAUCAAAGCCUUUGUACAGAACAUCUUCAUAUCCUGAAAAGCAGCCAGAGCUUACUCGUUAUUCCAGUGAACCAAUUUUGGUACCAAAGUCUUCAUUUACUUCUUUUCCUCCUCCUGGUGGCAGGUCUCAGCAGACUUCUCCUAGUCAUAGUGCAAGCCACUUGAACAUUUCAUAUCAUGCUGGAGGAGCUCAGAUGGGAGUUUCAUCUCAAAAUCUAUCUCAUCUUUCUAAUUCUGCACUACAGUUGAGUGGAUUAAACCAUGGGUCUCAUUUUGGUGGAAACAUGCGCCAGUUUCCUACUGGUUCUGCUCUUCAGCGAAUUCAGAACCAACUGGUCAACCAGGCAGCGUUAUAUCCUGGAGAUCAUUCAAACCUUCUUAGUAAUAUGUUGCAGCAGCAAUUACACCUUCACAAUGGAUCAAUAUCUUCACACUUAAUGACUCAAUUACAGCAACAGCAACACAGAUUGCAUCAUCCUGUUCAGCAAUCUGCAAGCUAUUUAUCAGGUUUCAAGUCCCAUUUAUUUAACCCCCACCUUUCUUCUAGCUCGUCUCUUGGAAAAUAUGAACAUAUGCUUGGUCUGGGUGAUGUUAGAGAUCAUAGGCCAAAAUCAAAUCAAAAAGGAAAACAUAGUCUCCGUUUCUCCCAACAGAAUUCUGAUGCCGGUAGCCAGAAGAGUGAAAGUGGUUCAUUACAGUUUAGGUCCAAAUAUAUGACAAGUGAUGAAAUUGAGAGUAUUCUUAGAAUGCAGCAUGCUGUGACUCAUAGUAACGACCCGUAUGUGGAUGACUAUUAUCACCAAGCUUGUCUUGCAAAAAAGGCUCCUGUGGCAAAGUCAAAAAAUUUGUUUUGCCCAACCCAGAUAAGGGAAGUUCCUGCACGAUCUCGUUCUAAUUCUGAUCAGCAUGCUUUUCUCCAGGUUGAUGCCAUGGGUAGGAUUACAUUCUCAUCUAUUCGACGCCCUCGGCCUCUUUUGGAGGUUGAUCCUCCAAACUCUUCUUUUACCAGUAGCUCUGAGCAAGGCAUUUCAGAAAAGCCUCUUGAACAGGAGCCUAUGUUUGCAGCUAGAGUCACAAUUGAGGAUGGUCUGUGUUUGCUCCUUGAUGUAGAUGAUAUUGAUCGUUUCCUAAAGUGUAAUCAGCUACAAGAUGGGGGGAGCCAAUUAAGACGAAGACGACAGGUCCUGUUGGAAGGAUUAGCAACUUCACUUCAGCUUGUUGACCCACUGGGGAAAAAUGGACAUAAAGUUGGACUUGCUGCUAAGGAUGAUGUAGUUUUCUUGAGAUUAGUAUCUAUUGCCAAGGGACGUAAGCUCCUUGCAAAGUAUCUUCGGUUGCUUCUUCCUGGUAGUGAACUUAUGAGGAUAGUCUCUAUGGCAAUCUUCCGUCAUCUAAGAUUCUUAUUUGGUGGUCUCCCUGCAGAUCCAGCAUCUUUGGAGACUACAAGUGACCUUGCUAAAAUUGUCUGCCAAUGUGUUCAAGGAAUGGAUCUUGGUGCUCUCAGUGCUUGUCUUGCAGCAGUUGUUUGUUCUGCGGAGCAGCCUCCUCUUCGUCCUCUUGGAAGCUCUGCUGGAGAUGGGGCUUCUCUUAUUUUAGUAUCUGUUCUUGAGAGGGCUACUGAACUUCUAACUGAUCAUCAUGCUGCAUGCAACUACAAUAUGGGUAAUCGUUCGUUUUGGCAGGCCUCAUUUGAUGAAUUCUUUGGCCUUCUGACAAAGUAUUGCAUGAAUAAAUACCAAAGUAUCAUGCAAUCCCUGCUUAUACAAAAUCCAGCAAAUGUCGAUGACAUUGGAUCGGAUGCAGCUAAAGCAAUUAGCAAGGAAAUGCCUGUUGAACUCCUUCGUGCAAGUCUCCCUCACACUGAUGACCGCCAGCGGAAGUUAUUACUGGAUUUCGCACAGCGCUCGGUUCCUGUGGUUGGAUUUAACAAUAACGCAGGCAGUAGCGGCGGCAGUCAUGUGAACUCAGAGACAGUGCUAAGUUGAAGAGACAAAGCUUACCUACCGAAUGACUUUUGGGUGAAAACCACAUUGAAUGUGUUGCGGACAUCCUUGCAUCUGUUGUUCUGUUACAUGUGGAAACUAUCUCAAAAUUGAAUGUGACUUGCAUCUGUGGUGGGGUUCUUCUGCCUUGCCUCGUUUAUCUUACAUCUUACAUAUCAUAAUGCCAAUAAUGAUGUGCAGCAUUGUGAUUUGCAAUCAGGCCCGUGAUGAUGGUGUUCUUGGCUUGAUCUGUUCCCUCAUGUCUUUACUUUUACUUUUGACAAGGGGAGCCUUAUUUUGUUACCAUGUGUGGCUGUUAGGAAAAAACAUUAGCGGUUAGCAUGUACAGGUCUUAGGUACAUAUUUGGUUCCCAUGUUUCCUUAUUAUUAUUACAUACACAAGGAAUGGGGUGGGCUGUGUACUUGUGUUCACAUGGUUACCUGUGAUAUAUAACCAUUUCAACUGGAACGUGGCAUGGACCAUUGGGGAUGUUGCAAAUUUCGCUGAGAAACGGGCUCUAACAAUGUGGCGUUGCUGAAAAAUUCAAAAGCACUGUACCGGAGAAUAAGUUAAUAUUGACCUUGGUUGCAUAAUUUUAUAAUCUUUUCAUCACUGUUAACAAUUUGUAGAUAUGUCAUGUAUUUCGUUACUUAUGAGGCGACUUAAAUUUCAUCCUCCAACUGUUUCUGACUUUUGCAUGAUUUCCCUAGGAAAUAUAUGAUUUCAUUUAGCACUUGCACAUUUAG